UCCUUCCCCAUGCAUCACACAACGAUCUAGCUCUCUCGUUGAGGCUCGAUCGAGGCACAUAGAUCGCAUGUGUAAACCAUCCGAUAUGGCUUCCAAGAAUACCAUUUCUUCCCUGCUUCUCAUGGCGCUGCUACUCUCAUGCAGCGGCAUGAUUAGCGCGGCACGGUUGCUGGAGGAGGCGGCGCCAAAGGAGGAGUACCCACACCCUGCCCCGGAGCUGCCAAAGCCUGAGCUGCCGCCGCACCCCACGGUGCCUGAACUUCCAAAGCCCGAGCUGCCGCCGCACCCGGCCGUCCCAGAGCUUCCGAAGCCCGAGUUGCCGCACCCCGUUGUGCCAGAGCUCCCGAAGCCCGACCUGCCUCACCCAACCGUGCCUGAGAUGCCUAAGCCCGAGGUGCCUGCGCACCCUGCAGUGCCAGAGCUGCCAAAGCCCGAGGUGCCGGCACACCCCACCGUGCCGGAGUUCCCAAAGGCCGAGGUGCCGGCGCACCCCACCGUGCCGGAGCUGCCCAAGCCCGAGGCGCCACAUUACCCUGCCGUGCCAGAGCUGCCCAAACCCGAGCUGCCUCCUCACCCCACCGAGCCUGAGCUACCGAAGCCCGAGGUGCCGGCGCACCCCGCUGUGCCGGAGCUGCCUCCUCACCCCACCGUGCCGGAGCUGCCCCACCCGGACGUGCCGGAGGUGCCAAAGCAUGAGCUGCCACCGAAGCCCGAGACCCACUACCCGGUGCCAGAGACCAAGACAUGAGCGGACUGCAUCGCAGUAUUAAUAAACACUUUGUAUGCUUGUGUGUACGAUAUGGUGUGAAAUAUGAUGUUUGCCUGCGAUUAGCCAGGAGCGUGAUGUUACAGUAGAGUAUGGUGGUGCUGCUUUGCUCUUUUUUAUGAAGGAUGAUGUGUGUAUGUAUUGUUUUGCAUGUAUAUAUACACGGUCUACUCAUGUAUCACCCACGUUUCAUCUAUAUAUCUUAU